CAGAAUCAAGUAUUCGGACAGACCAUGAUUGUGUGUGUGUGUGUGUGUGUGUGUAUAUAUACGGUAAUUCUGAUCCUGGAGGAACUGUUUAAUGCCUGCCAUUCUUCUAACACUUCACAAGCCUCACUAACCUUAUCGCCAUAGAAGUGGGGCAAUUAUUUUAUUUGUUUAUUUUAAUUAUUUUAUUACUCGAGUUCUUCCACUACCAUCUUGACAAAGCAUGUCGUCAUGGAGCUCGCUUUGUGCACAGGGGCAUUGUCGUGCUUGGAACAGUGUUUGGACCUGUUAGUUCCAGUGAAUAGAAAUCUUAAUGCUAUAGUAUUACACAGUUGUGUGCUUCCAACUUUCUGGAAACAGUUUGAGGAAGAAACACAUAUGAGUGUGAUGUGAUGGACAGGUGUCCAAAACCACCUGUAGUAUAUUUUCACGUACUUUCAUUAUUUGUUUCCCGAUUUUUUUUUUUUUUUGCAUUGAUGAAAUUCGACAAAAGUAGUUAUAUAUUAACUUUAUGUAAAAGUAUUAUAUAUUUAGUAUAUACAGUAAAAGGAAAUACGCAUGACCGUUGUAGUUGUUUUUUUUUUUUAAAUUAAAUAUAUGAAAAUGAUUAAAAUCGGAUUAUUUCACAGAUUUUGCAACGAAAGUGUGUGAGAUGAGUACCGCGCGUCACUUGUGUCGAAUCUGCGUCUCCGUUUUUAGAGUCCAUGACGCAUUUCGAAUGGGCUCUUUCCCUCCAUGUAAAUUCUUCAAAUGCUCCACUACAAAACCGAGAUCUUUUAAAACCAUCCGAGACCAGAGGAACCCCUGAGCGACUUUGAGAUUUUGGGUUUUUGAGACAGCAGCACUUCCGACUUAUGCGGUGUCUAUAGCAGCGCAAGAUGUUCAACAAGUCUUUCGGUGCUCCCUUCGGGGGAGGAACAGGAGGAUUUGGGGCUUCAUCUACAUUCGGGCAACAGAACACAGCGUUUGGAACUACAGGUGGUUUUGGUGCUUCUGCUUUUGGAACCACAAACAACACCGGUGGUCUCUUCGGGGCAGCACAGAACAAACCUGCUGGGCUUUUUGGCUCCAGCACGUUCAGUCAGCCCGUCACGUCGUCUACGAGCAGUGGAUUUGGUUUCAACGCUACAAGCGGCGGUACCUCGAACAGCCUCUUUGGCAGUACUAAUACAGGAAGCGGAGGCCUUUUCUCUCAGCCAGGCAAUGCAUUCAGUGCCAAUAAACCUGCCUCUUUUGGUACUUUUGGUACAAGUACCAGCAGCGGAGGGUUGUUUGGGACAACCAACACCACCUCCAAUCCGUUUGGAGGAACCUCAUCUCUGUUCGGAUCCUCAGGCUUUACUGCUACCCAGCCUGGCACAACCAUCAAAUUUAGUCCACCAACAGGAAGUGACACAAUGGUAAAGAGCGGUGUGACGACCAGCAUCAACACCAAGCACCAGUGCAUCACAGCCAUGAAGGAGUAUGAAAACAAAUCUCUAGAGGAGCUAAGGUUGGAGGAUUACCAGGCAGGGAGGAAGGGACCCUCCAACCCAAUGGCAGCCAAUGCAGGCGGCCUGUUCGGGGCUGCCGCCACCCCGACUCCCAGCACUGCUACCGGCCUCUUCGGCUCCUCGGGUACCGGCUUCAGCUUCAACCAGCCCAAGCCCUCCUUCAGUGCUAGUGCAGGUGGCUUCGGGCCAACUCCAGGUGGUUUAUUUGGCCAGUCGUCACAGGCUAAUAGUCUCUUCAAGCCCUUCGGUCAGACCACCACCACCCAAAACACGGGCUUCUCGUUCGGUGCCACCAACACCAUGGGCUCGGCCAAUACCAGCAGCAUGGGUCUGUUUGGGAACACGGCUGCCUCGCAGACCGGGGGUCUGUUUGGAAACACGGCCAACACCAGUACGGCCACUGGCUUCGGCACCAGCACCGGACUCUUCGGGCAGCCCAACACCGGCUUUGGGAAUGUGGGUACACAGAAUCUGUUUGGUAACAAGCCUGCUGGUUUUGGCACCACCACCACCAGCGCUCCCUCCUUUGGAACAGGCACAGGCCUGUUUGGCAACAAACCCACACUCACCUUGGGGCCAAACACAAACACCUCCACCUUUGGGUUUGGAGCCAAUCCUCCCGGAGUAAGUCUGUUUGGAAACAAACCUGCCACCGGUACACUAGGAACUGGACUCGGGACAGGUUUCGGAGCAGGUACAGGCCAGACGUCUCUGUUUGGAAAUAACCAGAACAAGAUCAGCUCCACUCUGGGGACAGUGGGGACGUUCGGCGGUACUAACUUCAACACAGGAACCAGCAUGUUGAACUUCGGCGCACCGCAGCAACCUGUCGCACUGACGGAUCCCAACGCUGCAGCGCAGCAAGCAGCGCUACAGCAGCAGCUCAACGCGCUUAACUACUCGCCUUUCGGGGAUUCACCCCUUUUUAGAAAUCCGCUCUCCGACCCCAAGAAGAAAGAGGAGCGCCUGAAGCCUACAAAUCCAGCUGCCCAGAAAGCCCUGACAACCCCUACGCACUACAAGCUCACCCCUCGUCCUGCCACACGUGUGCGUCCCAAAGCCCUCACCUCAUCAGGUUCUGGGAAAUCUCAGCUUUUUGACGGGCUAGACGAUGAUGAACCUUCUCUCACCAACGGAGCUUUUAUGCCCAGGAGAAGCAUCAAGAAACUCGUGUUAAAGAACUUGAAUGGAAGCAGUCUGUACAGCAGCCCACUGAACAGGGAGGCAGACGACUUGAACUCGCCGUCGGAAUACCCACAGAACGGCCUCAGUCUGAGAGCAGACGCAGAGGAAACCCAUGACGUGGAUGGAGGAGCCGAGGACGAUCUGCAAGUCUCCAGGUUUUACACCAACCCCGUUGCUAAGCCCAUCCCACACACGCAGCCCAGUCCUUCGCUGCAAGACACUAUCAGCGAGCUGAACAUGAGGAGAUCCGCCGGUGUCCGCAAAGACCUGGACCUCAGCAGCGAGGAGAUCUCUUUGGGAGACGAGAGCGUUCAGGAAGAGAGAGACGAGGAGCUGGAGGCACAGAAACCUCCUCACCCAGCCGGUAUCGUUCUCACUCGGGUCGGCUACUACACCAUCCCGUCCAUGGAGGAGCUGGGGAAGAUGCUGAAUGAAAACGGGGAGUGUAUUGUCGAGAACUUCACAGUCGGAAGGAAAGGCUACGGGUCUGUUUUCUUCCCUGGUGAAGUGAAUCUGACCGAUCUGAAUCUCGACGAAAUCGUGCACUUGAGACGGAAGGAAGUGAUCGUCUACCCCGAUGACAAAGAUAAGCCUUCUGUAGGAGAGGGCCUGAACAGACGAGCAGAAGUGACCCUCGACGGCGUUUGGCCGAACGACAAAACCACCUGCACUCAGAUCAAAAGUCCUCAGCGUCUGAGCGAGAUGAACUACGAGGAACGCCUGGAGAACGUCUCUCGCAAACAAGGUGCUCGCUUCCUGGAGUACAGACCUGAGACCGGCUCCUGGGUAUUUGAGGUGGCCCACUUUUCCAAGUAUGGCCUGCAAGACUCGGACGAAGACGAAGACAUCCCUCCGGCUAAAACGGAGGCGAAGAAGAUGAAAACGGCCGUCCCGGCGGGACUGCAACAAAUCCCACUUUCCCAACAGCAUCAGCAGAUGGCGCCACAAGCUCAGAGUAAGGCGGUACUGGAGCUUCUGAGCCGCGUGUCGGAGCUGGACAGCGACAUGGCGGAUAUUACCCAGGAGCCUCCAGCAGACGGAGUGUUGUUUGACGAGGACGACUGCGUGCUGGAGGAUGACACAAGGAUGGCCCUAAGAGCGGCGACCCCUGCUGAGCCGGAGCCCAUCUCUGCCUCCAGUCAGAUCGCCUCCUCGUUAGGAAUCAACCCACACACUCUUCAGAUUAUGAAGGCGUCCCUGUUUGUUGGUGAUGACGACUGCGACCUGUUUCACGAGCAGUUCCCUCCGAAAUUCUUGGAGGAGGUGUCGUCUCCUUCGCGGCUUUUACUCGGUAAAUCCCAGGCCAGGCUAUCAGUGGGCGGCCUUCUGCAGAGCAAGUUCACCUCGGCCGGAGGGCUCUUUUCGCAGCUGCCAGAGCUUCCUUUCGGAGGGAGCCCUCAGAAGUUGAGUAAGUCAGCAGUACCAGAAGCUUCGUGGCCGUCACUGGGCACCUCCAUCGUUUUACCUCCUCCUGCCCCUGAGCUCAUGCCGAGGACUGUAGGAGCACGCAGACUGGGCGGCCCCGUGCCUCUUGAAAACUCUGUCACCGUUGGAAAAGGCCGUCUGCUGAUGGACGCGGCGUUGUACAUGGGCCGCUCGUUCAGGGUGGGAUGGGGGCCUAACUGGACGCUAGUGCAUUGUGGGGACCACCUCAGCACACCUGCGGAGUCGAAGGAUCAGAACAAAGACGCCAUGGGCUUCGGCUUCUUGCCCAGACCUAGCAAGAACCGGCAGAUUGCUGAAAGCCCCUUUAAAGUACAUGUGGAGCAGGUGGUGGGCAUGGAGCCCAAGGAGACUGCGGAGAGCCUGGCCAUGUACCACCAGCCGCUUGAGAUCGGGCUCGAGCACAGCACAUUCAGCACUGACGAUGCCUGCCCCUUCAUCCAACCGGAGAAAGGAGUGAAUGCUCUGCACGAGUACGCCAAGUGGAUCGUGGAGGUCCUGAAGAAGGGCGGAGCUGGAGACGCUGUACUCGGUCACUGGCAGCAAGUAUGGACUCUGUGUGAGGCUCUGUGGGGACGGCUCGGAGAUCGGGACUCGGAGCCGGAGGUCGGCGGAGGUUACCAAGACCGACACGCGAGAAGGCGCAGUUUCUCCCGCUGGCUGUCUGAAAGCGCUGCCCAACGCAUCCAGGAAGAAGUGUGUCGGAAUCAGACACGCUGCCACGUCGACGCCAUCUUCAGCUACCUGACCGGCCACUGCAUCAGUGAGGCUUGCAGACUGGCCCAGAAAAAUGGAGACCAUCGUCUGUCCCUGCUGCUGUCCCAGGCUGCGGGGUCUCAGUUCAGCAGAGAUCUUUUGGCCCUCCAGUUAGCAGACUGGAACCGAAUGCAGACGGACUCUUUCAUCCAGGAGGAGAGACUGCACAUUUUCGCCCUACUCGCUGGCAAACCCGUUUGGGAGACGACAGACUGCUGUAUAAACGUGUGCUCGGAGCUGGACUGGAAGCGCUGUUUGGCUGUGCAUCUGUGGUACAUGCUGCCUCCUACGGCCUCCGUCGCAGACUCUCUAGCCAAAUACGAAGCCGCCUUUCAGGGUUCGGAAGAUGGAAGAAAAUAUGCCUGCGCUCCUCUCCCGCCCUAUAUGGAUGAUGUAGAGCAGGAAGCUGUGGAAGAGAUGGAGGAAACAGAAUCUACAAAAGCGCUCUAUGACAUCUGUUUCCAUCUGCUUAAGCUUUACAGUGACAAGCACUACAGCCUGCACCAGCUGCUGGACCCCACUACAGUGACUGCAGAUCAGCUGGACUACAGGCUAAGUUGGCACCUGUGGAAUGUGCUACAAGCCCUGAACUACACCCACCUGUCACUGCCACGCCAGAGUCUCCUCCACACUAGCUACGCUGCCCAGCUCGAGAGCGUGGGCCUGUGGGAGAUGGCUGUUUUUGUUCUGCUGCACAUCCCUGACUCAUUGCUUCGAGAGCGUGCUGUGCGGGAGAUCCUGAACCAGCAUUGUGCCCUGGAGGAGACUGACGAGUCCGCAGAGAAGGAACGCUUCCUCACUGACAAGCUGCUCAUCCCCAUGCAGUGGAUCCACGAAGCCAAGGCCACCCGGGCACGCAGGGACGGAGACCAGCACCGUGAAGCGCUGCACCUCUUCAGGGCCGGACACUGGAACCGCUGCCACCGGCUCAUCAUCCAAAACCUGGCUUCAGACUGCAUCGUUAAUGAUAAUCACGAGUAUCUCAAGGAGUUUCUGGAAGGCUUGGCUGUGCCUGAGCUCAGCGUUCAGAUACAGGACUGGGACACGUCCGGACGCGUCUAUCUGGACUACAUCCGCGUUAUUCAGAGCCUGAAAACCAUUCAGAAGGCGGACAGCCCAGGAUUCCAGCUGGAGCGGCUACACAACAACGUGACCUCACUGUGCAGCAGGAUUGAGCUCCUUCCCUGUUUCAAAGCCAAAGACAGACUUGCCCAGUCAGAAAUGGCCAAACGUCUGGCUAACAUCCUGCGUGCGGUGCUAAGCCUUCAGCAGGGUGGAGAGGGCGCUCCGGAUCCUCGCCGCAUCCCGCUGUGCCAUCUCGCACCCCACAUCGGACGCUUACCCAUGCCCGAGGACUACGCUCUGGAAGAGCUCCGCAGCCUCACCCAGUCUUAUCUACGCGAGUAUGUCGUCAGUCACUGAGAAUAGCGACGACGUGUAGAACUUCAGGACUUUCUCGAAACUCGCAGUCUUUGAGCGCUCUACUUUGACUCUGUCGUCACAAACACAUGUUCGUUCACGAGCCAUUUUUUUUGUGUCUGAUUUUGUAUGCUUAGAUAUUGGGGAGUGCGUUGCAUUUUGAGGACUCUGACAUGCAUGGUAGUGUUUUUCUUUCUCCCGAUGAAGUGCUUGCUAAACCUCUUCAGCUGGCAAUCAGUAGAGAGAGAAUCCCCUUUGCGUUGGCCGUCAUCGGCAGUUUCUCCACAACGUCGUUUGCUAUUAAACACAAUCAACCUUUAGUUUAGGUUUUAAGUAUUAUUUUUUUUUCUUGGUUUAUGCUUCAUUAUCUGAUCUGGCAGCAGAGAAGCCAUAGAAUUUGGUAUUUACAUAAAAAAAAAGUUUGUGUUUUUGCUGUAGACUUGACUCAUAACUCAUUUCCAGCAUACGACUCAAAACAAAUCCGAAGCUCUUGAUGGCUUGUGAUUUUGAAAUAAGGCGAUUUCAUAGAUUGGACAUGGGGUGUACCUUGAUCAACUGAUUUAUCCUCGCUUGGCACCAAACGGUGGUGAGAGUAAACCUGUAAAAUGGCCAUGAAUAUCUUUAUUUUUGUAAGAUUUUGUACAUAUGCCAAACAGCGAAACCGUGUCGUUAAAGUUUUCAACAAACAUUAAUAUAAAUUAAUGGAUAGAGCUGCAAAAACGGGUGAAUGUGAGGAUGUAUUUAACAAGUGUGAGGUCAGAUCUUCCUGCUGCCGUUGGUUCUUCAGAGAUGUCUGGUCGGCACACACGUGUAUUUUAUAAGUGCUUAAUUAAGAUCAUCUCUGCUAUAAUGCUGUUUCCCCGUCAAUUCUGUUUUAAUCCUAGUUAGUGUAGUGUGAACUGUCCGACUGUGACGCUUUUUCUUAUCCGCGGCUCUGUUCAUUUAACGUGUGGAUGUUUGUUGCAUUCUACUUUUUUCGCUAAGCAUGUUUGUGCAGAUUACUUUUCUAAAAAAAAUAAAACCAAUAAAAUAAAACAAAAAUAU